AUGGCGUUGAAUUGCGACUUACCCAACCCGAUCGACCCUGCCUUCCGCGGGCAAAUGGACGAUGAUUUCAUUGAGUACUACAACAAAAACCUCGCCAUAGUCCCCCCCACCCAUGUGAUCGAUCUCGCUGAUGUGCGGGCCAACCCGCAGAAAUGGGCUUCUCCCUGGUGCAGAGACUACUCCAGUCUUCCCUUCGUCAAUGACAUGAAGAUAACUUCUGGAGACGGACACCAGUUUGCUGUGAGAAUCUAUCAGCCUGAUGCUGAACUCUUCGGCUCGGGCCCGUUUCCGGUCCAUGUCAACUUUCAUGGUGGAGGCUACUGCUUCGGGGACUUGACGAGCGAUGGAGCCCUCUGCAUGAAGACAAGUACUGAGGUUGGCCUUAUUGUCGUGGAUGUCGAUUACCGCUUGACACCAGAACACGCUUUUGGCAAGGGCACCGAAGAUGCUUGGGCUGCUGUCCAAUGGGUCUACUCACAUGCCCACGAAAUCAACGGAAGAUCAGAUUCAAUCUCAAUCGGAGGCAUUUCCGCUGGUGGUUUUAUGAGCUGUGUCGUACAACAGCUCGCUCGUAAUGCACGCUUACCCCUGAAGCUAGCCAUCCUGUCCGUGCCCAGCACUCACACUCGUCGCGGCAUGACUAAUCCCGAGGACAGCGCUUUCCCCUCGAUGGUAGAAAACGCUCUUGCCCCUUGCCUGAACUGGAAGCGGGUCAGCUUCUUUGCCGCCGUUGCCGAGAAGAGCAUGAAGGAGGGAGAAUGGGAGGCUCUUCCUCUCUUCUGGCGGAGUCCCAUAGAAACUGAUUCUCUUGAUGGCAUCUGCGAUACUUUUAUAGCGACUGCAGGCUGUGAUCCUCUCCGUGAUGAGGGCGAGGCGUACGGCCAGAAGCUGGUAGAGGCGGGGGUGAGAGUCACCAUGAGGAGGUACACAGGCGUACCACACCCGUGGAUGCAUAUGGUUGGAAUCAAGAAGGCUAAAAUGUAUAUUGAUGACGUUUGUUUGGCUCUGAAAUAUGCUCAUGGGCUUUAG